CAACCUAACGCAUUUUAUAUUGUGUCAUUGACGACAGCAGACGACUUCAAUUUUAUCUGUUUGUAUUUACAAUAAUUUUAUGAAUUGUGCAGUGAUGGCUCCAAUCAAUGUUGACAAUGUGAACGGGACCAAGGUCGAAUCUCCCGCUAAAAAGGCUUUGCCUGAAGUGGAAACUGAUACCAAUGGAAACGAACACAAAAGAUACUCAUAUGAAAUGUUGGUAGAGACCGCAAACUUCCUUCUAUCUAAAACUCCCGUCAGACCUAAAAUAGGUGUUAUUUGCGGAUCUGGGCUCGGUUCGUAUUGGAACGAGGGAUCUUUAGCUGAAACUAUAACGGAAGCACAGUGUAUUCCUUAUGAGGAAAUACCGAAUUUCCCCGUGAGCACGGUAGAGGGACACUACGGAAAGUUGGUGUUCGGCCGUCUUGGUGAUAUACCAGUAGUUGCCAUGCAGGGUCGCUUCCACUAUUUCGAAGGCUAUCCACUUUGGAAGUGCUGUUUACCGGUCCGAGUCAUGAAGCUUCUUGGAGUGCAGACGUUGAUUGCUACGAACGCGGCAGGAGGUCUUAAUCCUAACUACAAGAUCGGAGAUCUAAUGAUUGUAAAAGAUCACAUCAACAUGAUGGGUUUCGCUGGAAACAACCCACUGCAUGGCCCGAACGAUGAAAGAUUUGGACCAAGAUUCCCUCCAAUGAACAAAGCAUACAGAUUCGAGUACAGAAAAAUUGCUAAAGAGGUGGCAAAAGAACUAAAUAUAGACAAUAUUGUAAAGGAGGGUGUGUAUACUUGUCUGGGCGGUCCUAAUUUUGAAACUGUAGCAGAAUUAAAUAUGUUGAAAAUGGUUGGAGUUGAUGCUGUAGGCAUGUCCACGGUGCACGAGGUAAUAACGGCUAGACAUUGCGACAUGAACGUGUUCGGUUUGUCCUUGAUUACGAAUGAAUGCGUAACGAGCUAUGAUCAAGACGCAGAAGCUAAUCACGAAGAAGUACUUGACGUAGGACGCAUGCGACAGGAAAUACUUCGCAAAUAUGUAACGACAUUAGUCGAUAGAUUUUCAAAGGUCAUGAAAGCGCACAACCCCUGAAAUUGGACAUAUUAUAGACUGGUAUUUCAGCACCGAAAAAAAUAAACGUUUAAAACUGUUUUCAGCAAAAACGUAUCAUAUUCUCUGUUUAAAAAAAUAUACUUCGAAUGGUAGAGCAUGUAUAUAAAAAAAUGUUGUUAUCCUUUCUAUCAUGAGGCCUCUGCGAGGAUCUGAUUAUGUAUAUAUCGAACCACCCGAUUAUUAUGAAACCUUAAUAUGCAGACAGCUCAGUAUAUCCUGAACCAGUGUCAAUAUCACGCAUUUUAGUAUGGUUUCUAGAAGAGUAACUCCGUUUUUUUAUGAAUACGACAAUAGAAUGAAACGAAAUCUAAAAAGUAUCUUAAUGUAAUGUAUUAUUAAUACUUUAUAAAGACGCGAUCAAAAGAUCGGAUGGUUCGCUGGUGAAAAUCUUUUAGACUAGUUAAAACACUAUUUUUUUUGUUUCUACGAAUUCGGCAGCAACUCUAUCCUGUGAAUAACAUUUUUUUAAUGAUCACCCUUUUAUACAGUUUUAUUAUUAAUUCUUAAGCAUCUAUCGAUUCACUCAAGAAGGCACGCCUCUCCACGUUAAAUUAUUAUUUGAUGUUAAUUUAAUUUUUUUAAUUUAACGUAUAGAGGCAAACCUUCGUGAGUGAAUAUAUUAGUGAAUAUAUUUAGUUUUAAUUAGCACUUUGAUUUAUUAUUUUUGACACUAGGAUUAUUGCUUUACACUGAAAUGUAUAUUUUCAUUACAUAAUAUACGUCGUGUAACCUAAUCGUGUAUUAGGUUUCGAACAAGGAAGGUAAAACAUCGGACUAUCGUACCCGUUAAGUUUAAUAUGAGAUAUUUUUGGUAUCUCGAUUGUAGGACGACGAUUGUAAUCUAAAUAAAUAAAUAUUCUAUACCUAUUAGAUAGCCUAUCAAACAUUCAUUAUGUAUUUAUAUAAUUAAGGAGGUUCUAGUUAAGUAUUCUAUGGUAUUGUCAUACAAAAAGAUGUCAUACUGAUAUUUGUACUUUUAACUUGUUAAUAAAUUAUUGCUUUGCACCAA